AAUCGAGCGCAAAAAAACUGUUUGUAAUCUUGUAUAUAAAAUGUACACACAAUGUUUUUGGAAUUGGUUGAUCGUAUUGGAGCAUUCAAAGGAGCCUCUGUGAAUUAUACAAGCUUAAUCUAAUCAAGGUUCUGGGGGUUAUCGGUGCUAGUGACCUCCGCUUUUAUAAUAUUUUAUACGACACGCUCACAAGCGGUCAGUUUUAAAAAUAAAAAUGAUCAAAGCGGCCGUUUGUAAGCAUUUGUGAAUGAAAUGGAGAAAAGGAGAGAUCGCGUGAAAAUGUUCCUGUUCGCGGUUGUUUUGUUGUUUGCAUUCGAGACGAUUUCUGGUUGCGAUUAUCCCACGUUUAAGAAUACGAGUGUUACCGUCGUCGGUGUGCGCGGAGUUGAUAAGAUUUCCGGAUGUUUAGAACCAGAUGGAGCUUUGGAGAAGGCCUCGUACAUUCAAAUCAUAAAUCAAUCCAUUCCAGUUCUGUAUAGUGGUGCAAUAAGGAAUUUGCCAAAUUUGGUCGAUGCGGUGCUCGACAAUAACGGGAUCAUUGAAAUCAACGCCGGUGCUUUCUAUAACCUACCCAAGUUGCAGUUGAUGCGACUAGAGAACAACAAUAUAGAAGUGCUAAAAAAUGGUGUAUUCAAUAAUUUAAUGAUCAAAGAACUACAUUUGAUGAAUAACAGUAUAUCGGUUAUUGACCAAGGCACUUUCAACCACAUGCCACAAUUGACAAUUUUAAAUUUAGAUAAGAACAGAUUGUCCAAUUGGAAUGGAGAUUGGUUUCUUUACACUCCGACGAUAUCAAAUUUAAGUUUCAAAUCUAAUCAGCUCAAGCACAUCCCGAAAGGUGCGUUUAGGAACUUAAAAGGAUUCCACAUUAUUGCCGGAAGAAACAUCACAACGAACAUCAACUUCGAUGAUAAUUUAAUAGAAACAAUAGAUCCUAAUGCAUUGGAAGGAUUAAACGUGCUCGGUUGGCUAUUUCUAAGCAAAAAUAAGAUUCGAGAGUUGGACGAGAACUUGCUGGAUCCACUGGAGAAUAUUGAUUGGCUUAAAUUGAGCUUUAAUCAGUUAUCGUGCGUUCCGGAUAAAAUUAUCGAGAAGAUACCAACUGUGACGCGAUACAUUGACGGCAAUCCUUUGAGUGAUUACUGCAGAGCGAAAAUAUUUCGAUGAUCUUAACUGAAGCGGAACAUACAAACAAUAAACUUAAUUUAUAUCGUAGUUUAAAAUGAUCAUUAACAAUUUUAUUUAUACAUAGCAUAAAAUAUUUAAUAUUAUUUUUAUAUAUAUAUUUUUCUGUUCGGAAAUUAUGGUGAAGGUGAGAUUGCUUGCUUUUUGGUAUUUACAUUAACUGAUCAACAACAUAACUAGAACACGUUUAUUAAUUAUGUAUAUGUUUUUUUUUGCA